CUACAUCAAUCUCCAUCAAAUAUGAUUGCUAAGGUCGCCAUCCUCUUCGCUGCCCUCGCAGCCGCCCACGCAUCCGUUCUUUUGGGACACGGUGCCUUGGUCAGCACUGGAGUCAGCAAUAGAGCUCAGACUCAGGAUGCUUUCGGCAACUACGCCUUCAACUACGGAAUCAAGGACGGUCUCGGUGCCAGCAACUCCCGAGCUGAAGUAGGAGAUGCCCACGGAAACAAGAAGGGAACCUACACCAUUGCCGAUAUCGACGGACGAGCCCGACGAGUUGACUACGUCGCUGACGGACAUGGAUUCCGAGCCACCGUCAAGACCAACGAACCCGGAACCGCCGCUAGCGCUCCAGCAGCCGCCCUCAUCGCCAGUCCCUACGCCGGACCAGUCGCCCCAGUCGUCAACCACGUAGCCCCAGCUGCACCCGCUGUUGUUGGACAUGCUGCUGCCUAUGGUGCUCCCUUGGCCGUCGCUGCCCCAAUAGCUUACGGUGGUGUCAUCGGACACGGAGCCGCCCUUGGUCUUGGACACGGACUCGGUCUUGCCGGACCACUUGGUCUUGGUCAUGGACUUGGUUUGGCAGGGCCCUAUGGACUCGGACAUGGAUAUGGUCUUGGCAAAGCCCUCAUCCAUUAAAAGUCUACUUUGUUUUUACUUUCCAAAUAAACGACUGUUACCACCAACAACUUCAUCUGUAAAUUGUUACAACAGCUGCAACAAUUUACACCAAACAAAGUCUUUUACCGAUGUCAAAACACCGGAUAUGUAUGGGAAAAUUACCUGUUGUAUUUGAAGCAACUUCAGACUACAACAUGGAUUUGGAUAUAAGGACAACUCUCAGCCGUGAUAAUAUUUAUUUGUAUUUUUUUUGUAUGUGUUGUAAAUAAAUGGUUUUAGCAAAUUGCUA